UGUACGUAAAUAAUUGACAGACAGCGCGUCUGAAUAUAUAUUUUACCAACAAAUUUCCAACGAAUGAGAACAAGAACUUAAAUCCAUUCUCCCCAAUCCAGGGGAAACUGUGAGCUUCAAAGUCAACGCGUCAAUGGCGACCUUUGUUAGGAUUUCAGCUCUGAUAUGGGCGGAUCUGCUAGCUGCAUUUGCAAUGUAUGUGAUGAUGACUUACUUAACAAAUGUUUGGAAGCUAAGCACUACACAUGCUGCUGGUAUCGUCAACAUUUGGAAUGGAAUCACACCGGCUUUGGCCUUCGGGUUUGCGUUCAUUGUCGAUACCUUCAUGGGCGACUUCUAUAUGCUCAUAAUCUCAAGCAUUUCCUACAGUGUCGGAUUGGGAUUACUGACCAUGUCAACACCAGCUAUUUCCGGUCCAUGUAAACAGGACGAUAAGAAAUGUAUUGGACACGCACAAAAAGUCUUGUUCUAUACAGCCUUACCGUUGAUCGCGGUUGGAAUGGCUGGUCAUAUGGUCUCGUUAGCGCCCUUUUUGGAUCUACAAACAAGAAACAAAAACGAAAGGGAUGUCGAAAAGAAAAAGAAAAAAGAAAAUGAAAGAAAGAUAAAUGAGAACGAGAAUGGAAAGGAAAACAAACCGGGUGAGGAAAGCGAAGAGGAAAACAAAAUGUUUCUGCAAAUACCGGGUUUGAUUAUGGUGAUGAUUGUUGUAAUGGCAGGAGGUAUUGGGCUUCCAUAUGUAAGGCCGUGGAAACUCCGGUUUGGGAUUCCGGCUAUUUGUUCAGUGGUGGCAACACUUUUGUUCUUUACAGGAUGGCGAUAUUACGAUCGUGACCCACCCAAAGGGAGUCCGUUAACAACCACAGUCAGAGUUUUUGUGGCAACGGCUCGUAACUUUUCAAAACCGAUGCCUAAUCCUACCGAUCUCUACAAUGAAAAUGAUACACAUCCCACCAGCAGCCUCAGGUUGUUUGACAAGGCUGCUAUUAAGUUACCAGAAGGGCAACAACCGAACAGAUGGAAAGUUUGUGAUGUUCGCGAAGUAGAAGACACCAAGAUCGGUAUCCGUCUGCUCCCAAUGUGGUUAACCUUCAUCGUUGUAGGAAUCGUGCUUUCCAUCGGAAACACUUACUAUUUAGAGCAAGCAAAUCACAUGGACAGAAAGCUUGGAAAAAUAAAGGUCACCAUUCCAAUCUUCCUUCUCUUCUACACCACCACAAGCUCCAUAUUUGCGCGCUUCUACUCGCUCUUGACAAUGACUACAAAAAAAUACGCCCCGCCAAUAGGGAUCGCCACAGGCAUGAUUCUCUCAGUACUAUGUUGCAUUACUGCUGCAAAAGUGGAAACCCGAAGACUACAUCGGAGCAGGGAUCAUGGUUUGCUAGACAAACCCGGUGAUAAGAUUCCAAUGAGUAUUUUCGCCCUGCUUCCACAGUUUAUGCUGUUAGCAGCCGUGGACGGGAUUGCUAAUACAAGUAUCACGGGUUUCUUUCGACACCAAACCCCUGAGUCGCUGCACAAGUAUUUGAUGUAUUUCACAAAGGGUGUGUUGGGGUUAGGAAGCAUGGCAAGUGUUUUGUCGGUCUAUAUCGUGGAGAAGGUGAGUGAGAAUAAUGGGAAGCGGAAUUGGUUCCAGUAUACAUUAAACCAGAGCCGUUUGGAUCGGUAUUAUUGGGUGUUGGCUGCGUUAAGCGCGGUUAAUCUAGUUGUUUACGUGUUUGUCGCGCUUUUCUACAAGUAUAAGGAAACACCGGAAGGCGACGAGGAUGAAGCUGAAGGUGGAGAAAUGAGAGAAGAUUUCCAGGAGAGGACCUGUUGUUGUUGAGUUAAGAUGUCAAAGUUUGUGUUUGUUGUAACUUGUAAUCCAUCUGUUGAUUAUUUGUGUAUAUACUUGAUGUCAAUAUCUGCUCUUGAUGGGCUUAAGAUAUAGCCUGCUAAGCUGGCGUUUGGUUUGUUGUAAAGGAAUUACUAUGGGUGUGGUUUGAUAGUAGAUUGAAUUGGGAAUGGGAAUCAGAAUGAGAAUGGAAUUCUAAUGUGGCAUUUGGUUUA